AUGUCAUCAUCGUCGACGCGUGGAGGUGGCGGCUCGUCCGUAUCAUCGUUGGCACUUCAGGAAAACGCUGUCGAAGAAAAAGCAGGAUGGCUAAAUAAAUGGACAAUUAUGAAGGAUAUCGGACAACGAUGGGUUGCUGCUCGAAUUCAACAGCAGUACUCAGCUAUUACAGGUCGAGCAGUUAUUUCCAUCACUGAAGAAAAACAACAUCACGAUCACCUGAUGCAUUACAGUCGUGUUGGACAACAACCUAAUCAAAUCUAUAUUAGAUUGAAACCUGAGAACAGAAAGUGGAUUCAUCAAGAAGCUGCCAAGUUCGUCCAUGGCAACCGGGUCAGUCACACCUGCAAAGCUGACGUUGGAGACCUGGCCGGAUGGACAGCUAUUCGAGAAUAUACAGGACGAUAUCGACCAUAUUGUUCACGUGAGAACGAGCCAGCCCGAUUUGGUGAAUGCGUGUUUUGUCGCGAGCGCGGUGAACCAGCGACGUCGGUGGUGGUGACAGUUACUCUCGACGCGGUGAACCAGCGUUGA